AUGGAGUCAGGCAUGAGGCGAAGAAGAGCUGCUAGUUUGGGGCCUUCAGGGGAUCGCCCCAACCCGUUCUGGAGCGAGAGGGCUCAGGACACAUUCAGUCUGCAGCAGGCAAGGCCGCGAGACCUCCCACAGUUAGAAACCGCUGAGGGUGCGGAAGGGCCAGCUUCGGACAUUGUGGUGAGAGCAUCUGAGACAGCUAGUGGUGCAGUGGGUUUGGAGGAUGAUCGCGACUCUCGCGCCGCGAUAGGACUGCCCAACACUGGAACAGAGGAAGACCAUGCAAUCGUGGGUCAGGCUUCUGAGUCUAGUGUAGCUGCCCAUAAGGGCCAGCCGUCUCCGGAAGAUGUUCGGUUAUCGCAGCAAAGGGCUGCGGAGGUACCAAUUUCAGAUGAGUGGGCUUCAGAGGGAGGCAAUACAAACAGCGUGGCUCAUGGUGAAAGUUCUGGGGAUGGAACGCCUAGAGACGCUGUGCGUACGCCCGAGGAGCUUCGAUGGUUGAUCAGAGGUCUGUAUGAGGGAAUGCAGAGAACUUCAAGCGACGUUCAAAGGCUAUCAGCGCAGAUGGCGAAUCUUCAGGGGCAGGUUGCAGAUCAAGUCAUUGAGAUGAAAGGUCACCUUCAGGGUGAAAUGAGUGGCUUGACGUACCGACUGGAGAGGUUAGAACACAAAUCGUCAUCAGCGGGUUCCAUGCAUAGCGCUUUGGAGUUGGCUGGAGUGGAUCAUACAAAUGAUUCUGGAGUGACUUUGGGAAUGAACGCUGGAGAUGCAAGCUCUGUGUGGUUUGGCGGUUUGGGUGGUGACCCUUCUGUAGCCGCCCCCCAGGGCUGGCCGAGUGAACAGCCGUGUAGCGUCAGAGGUUCUCCGGAUGUACAGAAAGCGCGUGUAGAGGGUGAGAAGGUUUGGGAGGAUUUGCCAAAACCCCCGAAAGACCCUCCAAACGCAGCCGUAGGCAACCAUGAAGGAGAUGAGGUGCAAGGAUUGUCGGGAGUUGUGCCGGUGAGGAUGGGAGGAAGAGUUGUUCGUGGGAUGUGGAGUUCCACGGGUGAACUUGUGUUGUUGGAUCGUCCACCAACUCCGCCACCCAGGCCACCAGCCAGCACACCGCCGCCGACACCACCGAAACCUCCACCUCCGAGUGAAACCGUAGUCCCCAACCCGAUGCAGCAUGGCACGAAUACAGUUCCACAUGAGCAUGUUGAGAGUGUGCAGAGUGGAGUGCCAGAGAGGGUUGACAGUCAUGUUCUAAGCAGUGCUGUGGAUGCUGGCCUUGACAGUCUCUUUGCAAGCAGUCGUGUGCAUGUUGUUCGUGAGGGUGCAGCGGAAACCUCGUCGGAUCAUCGUGUGUUCGGUCCGGGUGGUAGAGACCCCUUCGCGGUAGGAGAUCGCGUGAUGUGGGAUUUGCCCGUGUUGGGACCGGUGAGUGAAACCAACCCUGCUUUAAGAGCCUCGGAUUGGUUGUACAAGAUUAAACCCCUUAUGGCGGAUUUGAGCUCUGGUUCCGCGUACUGGUGGGAUAGUGUUGUUUCGGAGGCUCAGAAAGCUUAUGAUCGAUAUGCUUCGUCUUCGUCGACUUUGCGUGGAUCGAUUGUGGGGGAGCUGAGUGGGGAAUUGGGUGACCCGCGGUACACUAGGCUUGAAGCGAGAGCGCUGGCGAUGCUUAGUAGAGCGGUCCCGGACAGUGUGUACCAGCAGGCCCUCGCGAGUCGGUCGUUGUCGACGGUUGGGUUGUUGUUUCAAGUGUUGAAAUCCUUUCAGCCUGGAGGGCUUUUGGAAAGGCAGUCUUUGUUGAAAGGGCUCGGUGAGUUACCCGUCGCCGCGACCGCACACCAGGGAGUUGAGACUCUGCAAACAUGGUUUCGUUGGUUAGCGCGCGCGAGGUCUAUGUCAGGAGUCCAGGUGCCGGAUUGUUCCAUUCUGCUUGCUGCUUUGGACAAUGCUGGAAAGACUUUGCUUAGCUCGAAUCCUCAAGUUGCGUUUCGAUGUUCGGUUUAUCGGAACAUGCACAACUUGGAUCGCAAUCCAACCCUUGCUGGAGUUGAGGAGUACGGCAAACAGAUGUUAGCCGAGUUUGAGGACUUGUCUGUGAAUGUUGAUGUUACGGAAAGCCCCAAACGCAAGAACCCGAAACUCAACAAGGUCACUGAGGACAAGGGCGGCAAGGGAGGUAAGAGUAGUGGGAAGGAUGAGUCCACAGGCAAGGGGGCCAAACCAUGUUGGGGAUGGUCUAAGCCUGAAGGGUGCAAGCAUGGGAAUACCUGCACGUUUAAACAUGAUGCUGAAAAGAGUGGUCCACACUGCUACAACUGCGGAGCGGAGGACCACUACAGGAAUGCAUGCGCGAGGCCAGGAGGUGGUGCAAAGAAAAGCGAGAACCAGGAGGCCAGUGAGGGAGAUAGCCAAAAGGGUGCAGGCAAAGGUGAUAAAGGGAAAAAGGGUGGAAAGAAAGGAAACCCCCAGAAACCGCAAGUCAACAAAACGGUGAUUGAGGAGGAACCCCCACCUGCCCCAACCAAUGGUGGUGACCCCAGUGCCUCUGGCCCCGCUGAUAUCGUUGCCGAUGUCUCGCAACUGCUGAAAAGCAUGAGGCUAGCUGCCCUAAGGACCAGUCAGCCUCAGUACUUGGACAUUUCGGAUGAGCAGGAUUGUGAAUCAGCUGAUUGCCCAAGGCUCGAUAGCUUCGCUGAGGAACCAGGUGAGGUUGAGGUGUCCAGCGCUCCGAAAGGAGACGCCGCUGAUGCUUAUGACCGUUGGUUUGGAUUGAGUGCUUUUGAGGCGUGCACGCGGGACUCAGUUGAUCUUCAGUCGUUUGACGGGGCUGGUGAACCAUCCAUCCGCUUGAAAGCAUUGUCAAACUCAUGUGAGCGUCCUGGUUUUGCCCUUGUGGAUGGGGGUGCCACCAAUGGGUUGCGAAAUGAAGCGUGGAAAGGGGAAGCUCAAACGCUCAGCCAAGUGAAGGUGUCGUUGGCCGUUGGCCACACCACGUUGGGAAUGACAGAUGCUGGGGUUUUGGUUUCACCCAGACCUACUCAGGUCAUCUUGCCUAUGCGCUACCUGCAUGAGCUUGGGUAUGGGAUGAGUUGGAAAAAUGAUGGGUACCGGAUCUGGAGGGGUGGUGAAAGCCUCAAGGUGAAGCUGGAGGACGGUUGCCCCACCAUCCCCGAGAAGCGUGCCCUGCAGUUGAUGUGUGAGUUUGAACAACUUACCAAAACCAAGACUUUACGUUUGAGGUCCUUGAAAGCCGUGUGUAAACAACCCGUUGUCGAGAACCCGGUUGAAUGGUUGAGCGAGCGCGUGCAUGAGAAAGGAGCAGACCUACCUGUUGAGGACUUGGUCAGAUUCUUGCGUAGCUGGGCACCAAACCUUCCGGAAGAAGUUGUGUUGUCGUCGGUUGCCGCGCUUGAUUCUGAAGGCCUCAAAACCCCCUGGAAUCACAAGGCUAGGAGGUCGCACGCUCGGGGAAACUUGUUGAUCCAUUUGUUUGGCGGGCUCCAACGGGAAACCAAACAGGCAUGGGGUGGAAACCUUGCGUUGAGCGUUGCAAAGGAGGGAGGCCACGACUUCCGCAAACCAGGAGUGCUGGGAUACUUGUAUGCCCUAGCUGCUGGGGGGAAGGUUGAUGGGAUUGUUGGGAGUCCUCCAUGCAUACAUGUAUCUGAGCGAGAGACGGCGCAUGCUUUUGAUGACACUUGUGUGCUUGUGCAGAUUGCGCUUCUUGUCAUUUUGGCACAUGUCAGCAAGAGAGAGGGAGUCUCGGAUGAGAGUCGUGAGGGUUCAGUCUUCGUCGCGCUAGAAAACACACGAAGUUCCGAUGAACACAUGUGGAAGGUUCUGCAAAAGACCUUAGGGCUCCGAAAAGCGACGUUUGAUCAAGGGGCAUUGGGUCAUGACGCGGUGAAACCUACUUGUAUUCUCACGGGCUCUUGGAAGCUAUACUCGUUUCUCCAGGGUAAGCAUGUUCCCAAGGAUCUCAGGUGGCAAUCGGAGCACCGCGAAUCGCUUGAAGGUCCAAUCGCUCAGAGUCGUGUUGCGGCGAUGUGCCCAAACCUCGUUGAUGCGAUUCGUGAGUCUUUUCAAUGUUGGGUGAAAUCGUCGGUCGUUGAGCGGGAGCGUGAGAGUGAAGAGAUUGCUGCUGUGAAAGUCCUGUCAAAACAGAAGAAAGACAUGUGGCACAAGCAUCUCAUGCAUGAUCAUGUUCCUUUCAGGCGUGAUUGUCCAGUUUGUGUUGCAAGCGCAGGAAGGUCCAAACCUCAUAGGCGCCAGAGUUGCCCAAAGACCCAAGUCCUUAGCAUUGAUGUUGCAGGCCCAUUCACUUCAGGAGUCGACUUGUUCCACAAUGGAUGCCAGAAGUAUGCACUGGUAGCAAGUUUGACGCUUCCGGGAGGGGAUGCUCAUGAUGACAGGGAUCUGGAUGCUCGUGAUGAAGGGAAAGGGGGCCAAGAUUGCGAUCUCAGGGGAGGCGUAGGCCCCCUCGCCAUGCAAGACUUGUUUGGGAGUGACGAAGACAACGAGGCUGAGGACGAGCCUGUUGUCGCUGCCCGAGAGGGUGUGACGAAAGGGGAAGCCAAGGAGGGAGAUGAGAAGCCUAAUGGGGGGAAGGACUGCCUCGAUGAGCCUUUAGAGUCUCUUCCGGUUAGAACCCUGAAGUUUGCUAUUCCCAUGAAAAGUCGCAAACAUGAGGAAGUGAGGUAUCAUCUCAUGUCGUUGGUUGCUCGAUUGAAAGCGCUAGGACUGCAUGUUGCACGAGUGCAUAGUGACAGAGCGCGUGAGUUGAUCUCGCCUAAGCUGAAAACUUUCUUGUAUGAGCAAGCCAUUGAUGUUUCGCAUACUAGCGGGGAGUCGCCGCAACAAAACGGUAGAGCUGAAAGCACCGUGGGAUGGGCGAAGUCCAGGGCCCGGGCGCUGCUGCAGGCAGCGGGGUUGGAAAACAAGCAAAACGCCCAUGGAACAAAUCAGCCUUCGAAAAACCUGGGUGACGGCUACCUGCAGUGCAGGACCAUGGAGGAGUUAGAACAGGAUGCCAAGGAUUUGUUUGAGGAAGAAUGGAGUGAGAGCACGGCCAAGGAGUUGGUGGAGGAGCUUGCGCAUGUCGGGUUCCCAACCAAAAAGCCUGAUGGAAAGCGGGUUUCAACAGAUGGAUCCUACACGGUGUUUGGGAUGUUCGUCCACGGCGGAGUGGUUGGGAUUACCAGUGUCACCAAACGUUUUUCCAACUUAGCGCGCCUUCUUGCUUGGUAUGUGCACUCUUACUUUCCCGAAGAGACGUUCACUUCCAUCAUGGUGAGUUCUGGUGUGGUGAUGCCUGUGCACCAAGACAAGUACAACCUUGUGGGUUCCAACAAUUUGUUGUUGAGGCUGAGUGAAAGGGAGCCUGAUGAUGGGGUUUGGGUGGAGUGCAAGGACGGGGGAGAGCUGAUUGGAAAGGAGUGGGACCUGGAAGGGAGGAAAGGCCAAAUCCUGGAGAUCCCACCCGAAGGUUUGAAGCUUGAUCCUAGGAGCCGUCAUGCCACGUCUCCACUGGCCCAUCGAGCGAGUCGCAAGGUUCUUAUUGGGUACACACUCACAGCACACCAUAAACUAAGCGAGGCCCAAAGACUUGAGCUGACUGAGCUAGGUUUUGCGUUGCCUGAAAGGGUGUGCUCCCUGGAGAGUGUGAGCGUGAGCGGUGUGAGAGACCAGAAAGAGGUGUUGGUUGAGCUGCCUGAGCCAGUCGUUGAGGAAGGAUUCUUUGAGGAGAUCGUGCAAAGGCAUAGCAGACUGUCCCAAACCUUGCUAGAGUGGAAGAGGGACAUUCUGUCUACAGGCGCUGGUGAGGUGGAUCAGGUUGUCCUCCGGCUGUGUAGUGACAUGAUGCAAUCACUUGCGGAGCUUGAGGAGCUAGCGAGUAGCAUCCAGCCUAAUUCCGAGAAAACCACCACUGGCUUGUCCCUCAAAUCCCUUGGUGAGGUUACGUACUUGAAUGGGGAGUCCCCUGAUCCCUCGGAAGCGUUUCUUCAAACUAGGAUCGUAUCCCAAAGCGAGGUUCUUGAUGAGUUGGAUCUGUGGUUGGAGGCCAUUAGAAGCGAGUACCGGUCGCUGACAGAAGAAAGUUGUGCCGUUGAGCCAACGACUGCGGAAGCGGUUGAGAAACUUGUCAAAGACGGUCUCGUUGAUCAGGUUCUUCCUGUUAAGCCCGUCAUGGUGCGAAAGCAAGGCAGCGGAAAGCGAAAAGUUCGGCUCUGUGUGGCUGGAAACUACGAAAAGAAAGACGGUGAAGAAGAGGUGUUUGCUGGAGGCGUUGACGCCGUCACCGUUCGUUGCACGUUGAAGCUAAGCGCGGUGAACACUUGGAAGACGGCGAUUGGGGACAUCAAAGCAGCUUUCCUCAAUGCGCCGAUUCCAGAUGCCCCCAACCAGAAGCUCAUCGUGUGCAAACCUCCGACGCUGUUGAUCAAAGCCGGGCUCGUGAGUCCUAACGAACGCUGGAUUAUUAGAAAAGGGCUCUACGGGCUUAGGCGCUCACCUAGGUGGUGGAGCAGACACCGCGACAGCACGUUGCAAAAGGUCAGGCUGAAGCUUGGCUCUCAAGACGUUUGGUUGAAACAAAGCCAAGCAGACCCCAACAUGUGGUUGGUGUUUGCCGGAAAACCGUCUCAACAGUCAAGCGGCCCAUCAGGGCACGCCGGUUGCGAGGAGACAUUGGUGCAUGAUGGGACUCCCUGCGGUGUUCUCUUGUGUUACGUCGAUGACAUCCUUGUGACUGGUCCGGAUCUGUUGGUUGACGCGCUGAAACAGCACAUCUCGUCGCUGUGGACCAUGGGGCGAUGGGAGGAUGUGUUGCCUGGUGGUUCGGCUGUUUCCUACCUUGGUAUGUCCAUCAAAAAGGAUGUGGACGGUACCAUCACGUUGAGCCAAGAGGACUACGUGAAAAGCGUGUGCGAAAAGUACGAAGUGACGGAAACCCUGCCUACUCCAACUCAUGGGUGGACUGAACCUUCUGAGGAGGAUAGCCCCGAGUUGCAGGAUGUUCGUGCUGCGCAGAAGGUCCUCGGUGCGCUCAACUGGUUGGUUUGUCGCACGCGCCCAGACAUUGCAUUUGCAGUUCAACGCUUGAGCUCGUACGCGUUGAAGGCCCCUAAAGCUGUGGUGAAGGGUUGCAGUGUUGUGUUGGCGUACCUUCUUGGCACAAAAGACUUGGGUCUGAGUUACUCUGCUGUGUCUGAAACGUGGGGUGUCGAAGGACAGUUGCCUUUUCCUCAGUCGUUGAACGGUCUUAGGAUCGAAACGGACGCGUCGCAUGGGCCUUCUGGGUCCAGAAGUCAGCAGUGCAUGUUGGCGUUCUGGCACGGCUCAGUAGUGGCGUGGGAGUGCUCGAGGCAGGCCUUGACGGCUCUGUCGAGCGCAGAGGCAGAGUUGAUCGCAUGUCUUGCUGGUGUUCAGAUCGGUGAAAGCGUUUUGCCGAUUUUGGUUGACUUGCGCCAGUCGGAAGUGCAGCCAUGUCUGGUGAGUGACAAUGCUGCGGCCAUCUCUCUCGUGAACAACGAGGGUGGCGCGUGGAGAACUCGGCACCUGAAGAUGCGAGCUCAAGCCGCCCGUGAGCGUAGAGAAAGUGGUGCCUGGUUGUUUGCUCAUGUUGCUGGUAAGCACAAUGCUGCAGACGUAGGAACAAAGGUUCUGCCGACUCCUCGGUUCCGUGAGUUGAUCUCGUUGUUGGGAAUGGCCCCCACUUCGCUGCAGAUGUCCGUAAAGGCGGUGUCUGUGCAAGAGAUCGGAGAAUCCCUGAAUGCAUCCUACGACGUCAGAGGGUUUACACCUACUGAGCCUUUCCUGCGGGCUGUGAAAUACUUUGAGAUCAUCAAGACGGGGAUGCAGGGAGAUGCAGAUCUGAAGAAACUAGACAAGCUCAGGAGUGAUCUCUGGUUGAUUGCAUUAGUCUUGGUGAUUGUCAUCAUGAUUUGGGAGCUUGUCAAGUUUGCUUCUCAGAAGGCUGUUGUGAAGGUGAAGAAGCUGGCACGUGCCUUAGUUGCCUGUCCGGAGCCUCAAGGUGAAGACUUUUGGAGUCUUGACGAGAAGCUGCUUACUUUGACACGCCAUCAUGUUGUACCACGCAAGCUGAUGUAUACGCCUUUGUUUGUGGAUGCCCCAGUUUCCGCAAACAGAGUAGUAGGAACCAGAAUCACCUACGCCAUGUUUGAAGACCACUCACAGACCAGAGUGAGGGAUGACGUGUGGAGCAACCCUCACCCGACUUCCUUGAAAAAGAUGUGGCGAGGUCAAACUGUUUUCCUCUUGAGGCCUGUUGUGGUCUCUGAAGACCUCCCGCUUAGGAGAAGGAAGUGCUAG